AUGUCCAAUUCUUUAUCAUCCACUAUCACAGUAGCACCGGACAUAUUCUUCCCAUCAUCAACUUCUCCGUCAUCACCAUUUAGCGUAUUAGCUAAAUUUGGUGAAUAUUAUUCUCUUAUUCACGGUCGAAUUGUGUUUCCAUUAACAAUAUUUGGUAUCAUCACGAGUAUCGUUACAAUCGUUAUUCUAAAUCGAAAACACUUUCAAACUCCAACAAAUUUAAUCUUGCAACAUAUCGCUUUAUUUGAUUUAAUCGUUCUUAUAUCAUACAAUAUAUUUUCAUUUUACUUUUAUAUUUUACAUACGCCUAAGCCAUUUGUGGGACAAUCAAGAUUUUGGCCAAGUUUUGCCUUAUUUCAUUCAAAUGUUGGACUCACCGCACACUCCAUUGCACUAUGGUUAACAUGUUUGUUGGACAUCGUUCGGUAUUUUAUUGUCAGUCAACCAAAUAAAUCAACAUUAAAUUCUCGUAAAGUAAUGUACUUGAUAUGGUCUUGUAUUAUUGUUAUUUGUUUUUUAAUGAUACCAAAUUAUUUGAUAUGGACGGUGGUUAAACAGCCUGCUUCAAUUCAUUAUCCGGAUAUUUAUAGUCUUAAUUCAUCAGUAACUGUCUAUUGGUUUAGUAAUGCAACGGGAAAAAAACUUGAACGUGUUUCAUUUAAUAUAUCGGCCAUAUUUCUUAAAAUUUUACCUGUUUGUAUUCUCAUUACAUUUAGUCUUUUACUUAUACAUUCUAUUCAUAGUGCCCAAAAACUUCGUCAACGACUUCAACAACGAUCAAAAAAACGUCGUUAUUCGUCAUCAAUGGGUAAUUUUACUCGUGAAUUACGUACUACAACAAUGUUAGUAUUUAUUACAGUAUUUACAGUAUUGGUCGAAGCACCACAAGGUCUAUUAUUUAUUGCUAGUGCAGUCGAAAAAAAGUUUUUUUUACUUUAUAGUCUAUUAGGUGAUAUUUUAGAUUUAUCAAGUAUAGCAUCAAGUUUUAUUACAUUUAUUAUGUAUUGUUCAAUGAGUCAACAAUUUCGUUUAGAAAUGUAUCAUCUCAUAUUACCACAAUAUUGUCAUCGUCUAUUUCUUUCACAAAAUCAUAUGACAAAUAAUUGUGUAACAACAAAAUUAUUAACAAAACAAAAUCGUAAUAAUCAAAAUCGUUCAGUGGAAGAAGACAAACGUAGUCUAUCCCAUUCGGUCAAUUUAAAAACACAGACAUAUCAGAAUACUAAAAAUAAUAAUUAUAACUAUGAAGAUGGAAAAUAUGAUUUAUAA